UUGGAGACGAGGGGGGUGGACAGGGUCAUUGACUUUGUGACUGGUGUAUAAAUGAAUCAGUCAGAUUCAGCUGUCUACAGAGCUUUUACCUACAUCAGCAUCAACAGUGACCUUAUUUUUGUUGAGUGUGAAGGAUGGUGAGAUCAGCCAUGAUGUUCAUCUUGUUGACUCUCCUGGAACUGGCAUGCUCUAUUGGUGCGACCGUCCCAAGAAAUCUUGCCUUGCGUGGAAAAGCUACACAGUCAGACCUCAUUGAGAGCAUAUGGCACGGUUACAGUCAUGCCUCCAAUGCCAUUGAUGGGAACCGCGAUUCACAUUUUCAUCAUGGGUCCUGCACUGCCACUGAUGAAUCCACUAACCCCUGGUGGAGAGUGGACCUGCUUGAUACCUACAUAGUCACCUCCAUCACCGUCACCAACAGAGGGGAUGCUGUUCCUGAGAGACUUAACGGGGCUGAGAUACGAAUAGGAAAUUCUUUACUGGACAAUGGCAUUCAUAACCCUCUGGCUAAAACAAUUUCCUCUGUUCCAGCCGGAAGUUCUCUCACCCUGGCUUUUGACCCAAGUUUCGAAGGACGUUAUGUGAUUGUGGUUCUACCAGGCCAGCAUAGACUUCUGACACUCUGUGAAGUGGAGGUUUAUGGCUACCUUGCCCCAACCGGAGAUAAUGUGGCUCUAUAUGGAAAGGCCACCCAGUCGUCUUUGUAUGAGUUUGGCAUUCCAGGCAAUGCUAUUGACGGGAAUCACAAUGCUAUUUUGAUGGGAGGGUCCUGCACCCACACUCUACAGGACAUCAACGCCUGGUGGAGGGUGGACCUUCUGAAGACCUACAAAGUGUUCUCCAUCAUCAUCACCAACACAGUCGACAGUGUUUCCAGCAGACUCAAUGGAGCUGAGAUUCGCAUUGGAAACUCCCUGGAAAACAAUGGCAUCGACAAUCCUAGGUGUGCUGUGAUCUCCUCUAUCCCAGGUGGCACUUCUAGCACCUUCCAGUGUACCGGCAUGGAGGGUCGAUAUGUCAACGUGGUCAUUCCAGGGAGGAAGGAGUUCCUGACCUUGUGUGAGGUGGAGGUGUACGGGUCACCCCUGGAUGGGACUGGGCCUACAUGUAACUAAAUCACAUCAUUAAUUCUAACAGCACCCUGCAAUGUUUGGGGAAUGUAUUGUCUUACGAAAAACAAUUCAUAUUAUUUAGUAUACUUCCAGUAUGUUAAUUAUCAAAAAUGUGUAUUUACUUUCAGUAUACAAAAACAAAUUUGGUCCACUAUUCUGGAAGUUCUUCUUGCACACUGUUUUUGGAAGUUUGGGUAUAAAUUGGCCAACAUUUUUUGUAACACUUUAAAAAAAAAUAUUCAUACAUUUUAUGUAGCCUGAAUUAUUGGUGAGAUGGUUCUCAUUCAUACUUAGAAAUACAUAUAAUGCUGUAAUAGUAUUGCUAUUAUGCUAAAAUGAAUUAAAGGUGAAAUCUUGGAUCUGGAAUUAUUCCAUUA